AUGGCCCCCAAGGCGGAGAAGAAGCCGGCGGCGAAGAAGCCCGUGGAGGAGGAGCCCGCGGCGGAGAAGGCCGAGAAGGCGCCGGCCGCGAAGAAGCCCAAGGCCGGGAAGAGCGUCCCGGCGGGCAAGACCGCCGCGAAGGAGGGCGGAGAGAAGAGGGGCCGCAAGAAGGGCAAGAAGAGCGUGGAGACCUACAAGAUCUACAUCUUCAAGGUGCUCAAGCAGGUCCACCCCGACAUCGGCAUCUCCUCUAAGGCCAUGUCCAUCAUGAACUCCUUCAUCAAUGACAUUUUUGAGAAGUUGGCUGGUGAGGCCGCCAAGCUCGCCCGCUACAACAAGAAGCCCACCAUCACCUCCCGGGAGAUCCAGACCUCCGUCCGCCUCGUCCUCCCCGGCGAGCUCGCCAAGCAUGCUGUGUCUGAGGGCACCAAGGCCGUCACCAAGUUCACCUCCUCUUAGAUCUCGUUGCCUGUAUC